AUGGCUCUAUCUAGCUAUCUGGAAAGCUUGAAUUAUGCUCUCGUUUUGAGAGCACUCGCUUGUGCUUGGGUGGUGUGGUACUUUUGUGGCGUCUUCUAUAACAUUUUCCUCCAUCCUCUGGCCAAUAUUCCAGGACCGUUGCUGUGCAAAUUCAGCAAAGUACCGUGGGACUACUGGCAAUGGACAGGUUGCCUUCCUCAGCAGACGGCUAAGGUGCACUCCAAGUACGGAGAGAUUGUGCGAAUCGGCCCCAACGAACUCAGUUUCACCAAUAACGCGGCGUGGAAUGACAUCUUUGCCAAAGUUCCUGGGAGGGCACAAUGGCCGCGCCACCCCAAGCGUGUGCCUCAGGGCAAGAACGGCCCUCAGAGUAUCAUGAACACCGCGGGAACAUACCAUGCUCGUUUUCGACGAUUGUUGAACCACGCAUUUUCUGAAAGGUAUAUUGAUAUCUUCAUCAACAAGGUAGACGACUUUGCGCGUACGGGCCAGUCAAUCGAUGUGACCAAAUGGUUCGUGAUGGUGGGCUUCGACGUCAUCAGUGACCUGGGAUGGAGCGAGCCGUUCAACUGCGUUGAGAAUGGCGAGGUUCACGAAUGGAUGAAAACUUUUGCCGAGACUGCCUUCGACACCCAGCUCAAAUUCCUCUUCCGCGAGCGCGGUCUGAUGUUCCUGGCCCCGUACUUCAUCCCCAUGAAGCUUCAGCUCGCUCGUCUCAAUAAUUUCAAGUACGCCCGCGCUCGUGUCGAGGAACGUAUCAAGACCGGCAGCACCCGCGGGGACUUUUGGGAUAAGAUCGCCAUCAGAAGUGCAGACGGCAAUGCAAGCGGCGAGGGCUUGACUAAAGAAGAGAUGGUGGUUGCCGCUGUGACCCUGGUGGGCACCGGAUCCCAUACCAUCUCGACGCUACUCACUGGUCUGGUUUACUUCCUCGGUACCAAUCCUCAUGCCAUGAAGACGCUCGUCGAUGAGAUUCGUUCAUCCUUCAAAUCGCCUGAGGAAAUCGAUCUGGUCUCUGUACACAAAUUGGAAUACCUGACUGCGUGUCUCAAUGAGACUAUGCGGCUGUACCCACCGGUCAUCAACAUGCUUUGGCGAACGCCACCCCGUGGCGGUGGUUAUGCCUCGGGAGUUUUCAUUCCGGAGGGUACGGGUUGCAAUAUGUCUUUCUUUGGAAUUGCCCAAAACCCUGAUUACUUUACGCGCCCGCUGGAUUUCUGCCCCGAACGGUUCCUAUCCGACCCACCUGCCGAAUUUCUUGAUGACAAUCAUGAGGCAUACCACCCAUUCAGUUUGGGUGCGUAUAACUGCCUGGGCCAAAACCUCGCCAAUGCCGAGUCCCGAUUGAUCACGGCAAAGCUUUUGUGGCGCUAUGACUUGGAGCUUGAUGGCAAGGUUGACAAGGACUGGCUGGAUCAGAAGUCGUACGGUGUAUUCAUUAAGAAAGAUCUUCCUGUGAAAUUCCGCCCGGGUCCCAAUGCCCGGAACGUUCCCGACAGUAAAGCUGUCAAGAUCAAUGGCCGCGCAAACGGUGGCGCUAAGUAA